GCUGCAGGAUAGCAUAGCUAAUAAAGGAAUGUCAUGGCCAAAUUGUAGACGGUUUAGUUUUCCUUGAUGAACACCCUAAACAUGAAAAGUUAGCCAAAUGAUAAACGGUCUAGUUGCCUAUGUCGAGUGAGAACAUGAAAUUGUGAAAUGGACUAGCUCAAUUACGAAUAUCCUAGCACUCAUUUGCGACACAGUACACAAACGGUGUAGCGUUGCGUGAAAUGGCUCAGUGUAAUGUCGAAUCGUACAGCGUAUAAACAAAUGGUGUAGCAUUACGUUGAAUGGUUUUGUAGAACAUCAGACGCUCUUGCUGAACAUUAAAUUGCUUAGCAUUACACGAAAUAUUUCGAUGUUGUGGCGAAUCGUCGAGCUUGCUUGUGGCGUGACGUGAAGGCUAUCUCGCCGAAACCACCAAAAGUACAAACCGCAAAUGGAAAAGCGAUCUGCUGGGGGUAUGACGUCUUCGAAUGUAAAGGUUGGCGCGAAACCAUCAUGCACAUGGUGUAGUCGCUGUGUUGAAGAUUCUUCACUUCGUCUUGCCGUAAAGCAGAGCCAAUUCCUAACUUUUCGGAUUGGCCACCUUUCUGAUGUGUUGAAAGUAACUCAAGACACAAGGGAACGAUUUAAGGGCCAUAGAAGCUGCAAAUGCUCCAUAAUAAUCCUUUGUUAGAGUUCGUAGCUACGGACGCUGCGGUGAAACCAUCCUAGUGUGACCUAUGACGGGAGGAAUAUUUCAUUCCCUCUAAAGACGGAGCGAAGAAUGCUUGGAAACAAUUCCUCAACGAUUUUGCAUCGACCUGGUUCAGACAGCAAUGAGACAAAGUGUGCUGCUUUCACGGUUGGACUAGUUGAAGUUUAUAUCACAAUCCAUUUUGUCACUAUUCUGGUGUCCUUGGUGGGAAACAUUCUUCUGAUUAUUUCCUAUGUGAGAAUGAAGGAAACGUUAAUGCUCCCUAUCGCCAACAUGGCUGUAUCUGACCUGCUGACUACACUUUUUCUAAUGCCUCGUCUUCUUAGACGAGAGCUCACCGGAUCCAACGAUUUCCUCAUUCGUGGAGUUACAGGUACAUUACUGUGCAAACUAUGCUCCUUCCUAAGCGACAUAUCGCUAUCUGUGUCGACCCAGAGCUUAGUACUCAUAGCUGCUGAGCGAUUUCUCGCGAUUGCUUGUCCAAUUUUAUAUAGGAAGGUAAUGACGGUGAAAAGACGCUAUCUCUUCGUAGGCUUAACAUGGAUAAUAUCCAUGGGAAUUCAUUCGCCAUACUUUUACGCUUUCCGUCUGUCUACUAAUAAUAUUUGUGAAAUGAACUGGGAACCAGCUUUCGAUCAUAAGUCGACGCAGCCACGCUACGUGCUUUUUCUUUUCGUAACAGUUUUGCUUCUACCGUUAAUUACUAUCUCUGUGCUUUACUGCAUUUUCGGCGUCAAGAUUCGGCGAGAUAAAGUAGCUUCGUCUCGAACCGAGAGAGGGACCUUGAGACACCAGGAACGCAGCAGAAAGUUACAAAGAAUGGGAAUAGCUACUGUAACGGCGUUCUUAAUCUGUUGGCUCCUUUAUAUAGUGAUAAAUGUUUUCAAAGAGCUUUCUUCAAAUACUGAUCAUGAGUGUAGCCAAGGUUUUAAGAUAGUAGACAAUAUAUCUCGCGUUUUAGCAAGCUGUUACUCUGCUGUAAAUCCCUGUAUUUGCUUUAUAUUUGUGAAAAGCUUUUCUCGUCAACUUUUCGCGUUAUGCAGAUGAGAAGGUUCACUGAAAGGGAUCAUAGAGAUAGAUGUUUGCAGGAAAUAAUACCUAUUGUGUUCAAUUUUGAUCAGCACGCUGGGGAGCCAUCACUCCGAAGUCAUAGCCGUUUUGGCAAGGACGUUGAAUUGGUUUUUAGCCACAAGUGAGCUCCAUAACCAUUAGCCAAGCAGUCUACUGACUGAGUUUCAACAACAUUUUAUUUUUAACGAUGACUACGGUCUGAAGCCUUAUGGAGUGUUAUAAGUAUUUGUAUGUAAAGGAACUUUAUUCAGUUAAACACUUACAGAUCAAAAUAGUGCCAAUAUCAGUGAUGUAAAUUUCGUAAUCAUAUCUUGAAUUUAUGCCAACAUGGAUCGCAUAUCCCUUGAUUUAAUAUAUAUCGCUCACCGGUGUAGGAAAGUGAUGAUUGAUGGCAAUGUUUUGUUAGUUGGUUAGUGUUUUGAGGACGUCGAAAUAGUAGUCAGUCUUAAGCACAUUAGUACAGAAUAAAGAAAUUCAAAAAGCUGACAGGUGUACGUGCUAAAGCGUGGCGAACGGAUGCAGCUUAAUUACAAUCAUUUCCUGUGACGCACGAAUAAGCAUCUUUCUGCGAACAAAGGCCACUUUAUCUAAUUAACCUAAUUUCUGGGAUAAUGUCGUCACAUUUAGAUAAUAAAGCACUGAAAAAAUAUAGCCAAAUACAUUACACUAGUCAAGGCGCCUAAUUGAAAGUUUAUUUUUCCUUCCUUUCUCAAAGAAUAUUUACCAUAACUGUGCUGCUAUGCUAUCAGUGAAUAUGUGAAAUUUCUUCCUUUGGCGUGACGUCCUCCUCAACGCUGUUUGAUUUUUUUUGCCUUCAGGCUAUCUCAAAUAUUGCAUUACGUGUCGAUUUCAUUAAAUAGUUGAAUUAAUUGAA